CCGCCGCCCCAGCCGGCCCGGCCGGCCGCGCUCAUCAUGCCGUGGCCGUUCUCAGAGUCCAUCAAGAAGAGGGCCUGCCGGUACCUCCUGCAGCGGUACCUGGGCCACUUUCUGCAGGAGAAGCUGAGCCUGGAGCAGCUCAGCCUGGACCUGUACCAGGGCACCGGCUCCCUCGCCCAGGUCCCCCUGGACAAAUGGUGUCUCAACGAGAUCCUGGAGUCAGCAGAUGCACCUUUAGAAGUCACUGAAGGAUUCAUACAGUCAAUUUCUCUGUCAGUUCCCUGGGGCUCCUUGCUACAGGAUAAUUGUGCGCUGGAAGUGAGAGGGUUAGAGAUGGUCUUUCGACCGAGACCCCGCCUAGCAACUGGUUCUGAGCCUAUGUAUUGGUCAAGUUUCAUGACUAGCAGUAUGCAACUGGCAAAAGAAUGUCUCAGCCAGAAACUAACAGAUGAGCAAGGAGAAGGAUCCCAGCCUUUUGAAGGACUUGAAAAGUUUGCGGAAACCAUUGAAACAGUACUGAGAAGAGUGAAAGUCACUUUUAUAGACACUGUCUUGAGAAUUGAGCAUGUGCCAGAAAAUUCCAAAACUGGAACUGCACUUGAAAUUCGAAUAGAAAGAACUGUAUACUGUGAUGAAGCUGCUGACGAGUCCUUAGGAAUUAAUGUACAUCAGCCCACAGCUUUUGCUCACAAGUUACUUCAGCUCUCUGGAGUGUCUCUCUUCUGGGAUGAGUUUUCUGCAUCAGCAAAAUCUUCCCCAGUGUGUUCAACUGCACCAGUGGAAACUGAGCCAAAGUUGUCACCUAGCUGGAAUCCUAAAAUUGUUUAUGAGCCACACCCACAGCUAACUAGAAAUUUACCAGAGGUAGCACCCUCUGACCCAGUGCAGAUUGGAGGGCUAAUUGGUAGAUUGGAGUUGAGUCUCACAUUGAAACAGAAUGAAGUACUUCCUGGAGCUAAGUUGGAUGUUGACGGGCAGAUAGACUCUGUUCACCUGUUCCUGUCGCCACGCCAGGUGCACUUGCUACUGGAUCUGUUAGCAGCUGUUGCCGGACCAGAAAAUUCUAGCAAAAUGGGGUUAGCUAAUAAAGAGAGAAAAAAUCGACCCAUGCAGCAGGAAGAUGAAUAUCGAAUUCAGAUGGAAUUAAACCGGUAUUAUUUGAGAAAAGAUUCUCUCCCAGUGGGUGUAUCUUCAGAGCAAAGCUUUUAUGAGACAGAAACGGCUCGUACACCUUCUAGCCGUGAAGAAGAAGUGUUCUUCUCCAUGGCUGAUAUGGACAUGUCCCACAGUCUCUCUUCUCUUCCACCUCUUGGGGACCCACCAAAUAUGGACCUUGAGUUAUCAUUAACCAGUACCUAUACAAAUACUCCAGCAGGGUCUCCUUUAAGUACUACUGUGCUUCAGCCAACAUGGGGAGAUUUCCUUGAUCAUCAUAAAGAACAGCCAGGAAGAGGGUCCACAUUACCAUCUAACCUAGCUCACCCAGCAUCUUUGCAGAAGACUUCUCUCCCUUCUAGGUCUGUUUCAGUGGAUGAAUCCAGGCCUGAACUUAUUUUCAGACUGGCUGUGGGAACUUUCUCAGUCUCUGUGCUUCACAUUGAUCCUUUAUCCCCACCCGAAACAUCAUUGAAUCUUAAUCCAUUGACAUCUAUGGCGAUAGCUUUCUUCACUUGUAUAGAAAAGAUUGAUCCAGCAAGAUUUUCAACUGAAGAUUUCAAGUCUUUCCGAGCAGUAUUUGCAGAAGCUUGCUCUCAUGAUCAUCUUAGAUUUAUAGGUACUGGCAUCAAAGUAUCCUAUGAACAAAGACGGAGAUCAGCUUCCCGGUGUUUUAAUACUGACAUGUCCAUUGGGCAAAUGGAACUUUUGGAAUGCCUGUUUCCUACUGAUUUUCAUUCUGUUCCUCCUCACUACACAGAGCUUUUAAUGUUCCAUUCCAAAGAACGAACUGAUUCCCAUCCCCCUGUGUGUCUUCAGCUUCAUUAUAAGCAUUCUGAGAAUAAAGGACCCCAGGGUAACCAAGCAAGACUUAGUUCUGUUCCUCAGAAGGCAGAAUUACAAAUUAAAUUAAAUCCAGUAUUUUGUGAGCUGGAUAUCAGUAUUGUGGACAGGUUGAAUUCCUUGCUUCAACCACAGAAACUCACUACAGUGGAGAUGAUGGCAUCUCACAUGUAUACUUCAUAUAAUAAGCAUAUUAGUCUGCACAAGGCUUUCACUGAAGUAUUUCUAGAUGAUUCACAUAAUCCUGCAAAUUGUCGGAUAUCAGUACAAGUUGCCACACCAGCAUUAAACCUUUCUGUACGCUUCCCAAUACCUGAUCUUCGAUCAGAUCAAGAAAGAGGACCAUGGUUUAAGAAGUCGCUUCAGAAGGAGAUCCUUCAUUUAGCAUUCACAGAUCUAGAAUUUAAGACUGAAUUUAUAGGAGGAUCAACCCCAGAACAAAUUAAAUUGGAACUUACCUUUAGAGAACUAGUUGGGUCAUUCCAGGAAGAGAAAGGAGAACCAUCUACUAAGUUUUUCCAUGUGUCUGGUGGAGUAGAUGGAGAUGCAGCAGCAUCAGAUGACUUUGACUGGCCACGUAUUGUACUGAAGUUAAAUCCACCAGCCAUGCAUUCCAUCCUGGAGAGAAUAGCAGCUGAGGAAGCAGAAGAGAGCGAUGGGCACUAUCAGGAAGAAGAGGAGGGAGGCGCGCAUUCCCUGAAAGACGUCUGUGACCUGCGAAGACCCGCCCCUUCCCCCUUCUCCUCCCGUAGAGUCAUGUUUGAAAAUGAGCAGAUGGUGAUGCCAGGAGACCCUGUGGAAAUGACAGAGUUUCAGGAUAAAGCAAUGAGCAAUUCUCACUACGUACUGGAGCUUACAUUACCCAAUAUUCAUAUAACACUACCUAAUAAGAGCUUUUAUGAGAAGCUUUACAAUAGGAUCUUUAAUGACUUACUGCUGUGGGAACCAACUGCUCCUUCACCAGUGGAGACAUUUGAAAAUAUUUCGUAUGGUAUUGGACUUUCAGUCGCCAGUCAACUGAUUAAUACCUUCAACAAAGACAGCUUUAGUCCAUUUAAGUCUACAGUUCACUAUGAUGAGGAGAGUGGAUCUGAGGAGGAGACGCUGCAAUACUUUUCUACCGUCGAUCCCAACUAUCGGUCCCGUAGGAAAAAAAAACUAGAUUCUCAGAAUAAGAACUCGCAGAGUUUUCUCUCAGUUCUUCUGAGUAUUAAUCAUGGCCUCAUGGCAGUGUUUACAGAUGUAAAGCAAGAUAACGGAGAUGUGUUGGAAAACAAGCAUGGUGAAUUCUGGUUAGAGUUCAAUAGCGGUUCAUUAUUUUGUGUGACAAAGUAUGAAGGUUUUGACGACAAGCACUACAUCUGCCUUCACACUGGCAGCUUCAGUCUGUAUCACAAAGGCAUAGUGGAUGGAGUGAUUCUUCCUGCAGAAACACGUCUGCCCAGUGCAACCCGCCCACAUUGGUUGGAACCCACUAUUUACUCCUCAGAAGAAGAUGGUAUGAGUAGAGCUUCUUCAGAUGGUGUUGGAGGAGACACCUUGAAUAUGCUGUCUGUGGCAGUGAAAAUACUGUCUGAUAAGUCGGAGUCCAAUACAAAGGAAUUUCUCAUUGCUGUAGGACUAAAAGGAGCCACUCUCCAGCACAGAAUGCUUCCUUCUGGGCUUAGCUGGCAUGAGCAGAUUUUAUACUUCUUGAAUAUUGCUGAUGAACCUGUUUUGGGAUAUAAUCCUCCAACUUCAUUUACAACUUUUCAUGUUCAUCUCUGGAGCUGUGCACUUGAUUAUAGGCCGCUUUAUUUGCCAGUACGAUCUCUUCUUACUGUUGAAACAUUCAGCGUGUCUAGUAGUGUUGCCUUGGAUAAAUCAUCUUCUACUCUCAGAAUAAUCUUGGAUGAAGCUGCUUUACAUCUGUCUGACAAGUGUAAUACUGUCACUGUAAACUUGAAUAGAGACUAUGUUCGUGUGAUGGAUAUGGGACUUUUGGAAUUAACCAUAACUGCAGUGAAGUCUGAUUCUGAUGGAGAGCAAACUGAACCGCGCUUUGAAUUACACUGUUCAAGUGACGUUGUCCAUAUCAGAACGUGCUCAGACUCUUGUGCUGCUUUGAUGAACCUCAUUCAGUACAUUGCCAGCUAUGGGGACCUGCAUGCAGCUAACAAGGCAGAAGCAAAGCCUGGAGCCCCUCAGAGAAAGAUGAAGGUAGAUUCCAGUAGUCACCCAUCCUCACGUGGUCCAGUACUUCCUGAUGCAGACCAACAGAUUUUACGAGAGUUGAUGAGUGACGCCAUGGAAGAGAUUGACCUGCAACAAGUCCCUUCGUCUAUAAAACCACAGUCUGAUGGUAUUUUGGAUGAAAAAUCACAAAUUCAGGAGCCAUGCUGUUCAGACCUCUUCUUGUUUCCAGACGAAAGCGGGCAUGUGUCCCAGGAGCCCGACCCCACUUACACGCCUUUCACCCCCCACUUGAUCAGCGACACGGUGAGAGGUGUGCCCACUGAAAAUGAUGACUUCUGUAUUCUUUUUGCACCAAAAGCAACCAUUCAGGAGAAGGAAGAAGAACCAGUUGUAAAAAUAAUGGUUGAUGAUGCAAUUGUGAUAAGAGAGAAUUAUUUCAGUCUGCCCAUUAAAAAGACAGAUACAAGCAAAGCCCCAUUACAUUUUCCAAUUCCUGUAAUUCGGUAUGUUGUUAAGGAAGUCUCUCUUGUUUGGCAUCUUUAUGGAGGAAAGGAUUUUGGAACAGUCCCUCCUACUUCUCCAGCUAAAAGUUAUAUUAGUCCUCACAGCUCACCUUCUCAUACGCCCACAAGACAUGGUCGUAACAUGGUAUGUGGUGGAAAAGGAAGAAACCAUGACUUUUUAAUGGAAAUACAGUUAAGCAAGGUGAAGUUUCAGCACGAGGUCUAUCCCCCUUGCAAGCCAGGCUGUGAGUCCAGCCUCUUGGAGCACCCCGUCUCCAGGCAGGUGCUCAUCGUGCAGGACCUUGAAGUCCGAGAUCGCCUGGCAACAUCACAAAUGAAUAAGUUUCUGUACCUGUAUUGCAGCAAGGAGAUGCCUCGCAAAGCUCAUUCCAACAUGUUGACAGUUAAAGCUUUGCACGUGCGCCCAGAGUCUGGCAAGUCCCCACAGGAGUGCUGCUUGCGGGUGUCGCUGAUGCCGCUGCGUCUCAAUAUCGACCAGGAUGCUUUGUUCUUCCUGAAAGAUUUCUUCACAAGUCUUUCUACAGAAGUAGAGAUUCUAAUGGCUCCAGAUCCAGAAGUUAAAAAGUCCCCUGGAGCUGAUGUCACCUGCAGUUUGCCAAGGCAUUUAAGUACUUCCAAGGAGCCAAAUCUAGUUCUUUCCUAUCCCGGGCCAAAACAGCCUCCCCAAGACCAGAGUGCCAGUUCAGUGGAAAUGACAAAUGGGGAGGAAGAAAAGGACUUCUCAAUGGAAGAAGCAUCAUUUAGUGAUCAACCUGUGUUUUUUAGAGAAUUUAGAUUCACCUCAGAAGUUCCUAUUCGACUUGAUUAUCAUGGCAAACACGUAUCAAUGGAUCAGGGGACGUUAGCUGGGAUUUUGAUUGGUCUGGCCCAGUUGAACUGCUCUGAACUGAAACUGAAGAGACUCUUCUACCGGCAUGGUUUGCUAGGUGUUGACAAACUAUUCUCAUAUGCCAUCACUGAAUGGCUUACUGACAUUAAGAAGAACCAGCUACCAGGAAUCCUGGGAGGUGUUGGGCCUAUGCAUUCACUAGUCCAAUUAGUGCAAGGCCUGAAGGACCUGGUCUGGUUACCGAUAGAGCAAUACCGGAAGGAUGGCCGCAUUGUCCGAGGGUUUCAGAGAGGAGCUGCUUCCUUUGGCACCUCAACAGCGAUGGCGGCUCUUGAACUCACAAACAGGAUGGUUCAAACCAUACAGGCAGCAGCAGAGACUGCUUAUGAUAUGGUGUCUCCUGGCACCCUUGCUAUCGAGCCCAAGAAGACCAAAAGAUUUCCUCACCACCGAUUAGCGCACCAGCCAGUAGACCUGAGGGAAGGCGUAGCCAAGGCCUACAGCGUCGUGAAAGAGGGAAUCGCGGACACGGCGCAGACCAUCUACGAGACGGCGGCGCGCGAGCACGAGAGCAGGGGCGUCACGGGCGCCGUGGGCGAGGUCUUGCGCCAGAUUCCCCCGGCGGUGGUGAAGCCUCUGAUCGUUGCCACGGAGGCAACAUCAAACGUGUUGGGAGGUAUGAGAAACCAAAUUCGCCCUGACGUCCGGCAGGACGAGUCGCAGAAGUGGCGCCACGGGGAAGACUGAGCGGCGGACGGGCGUCUCCAGAAGAUGGCCAGGCCGCGAGCGCCCCGGGACCCCGCCGUUAGUUUUACUGUGCCCAUCUCAGGAACAACAGCGUUUCUUAGUUCAGUGAUGUCAUAGCAGAACAACAUGCAACCAAACAUUCUUGACGUUUAGGCUAGUCUGACGCUUGCCUGUGGAAAUGUUUGGUGUCAAAAGUCCUUAAAGCAUUUGCUGCCAAGUUAGGGGCGCUUGCUUGCUUUCAGCGGCCGUGCUGCUCCUUGUCCCGGUGAGACGUCGUGCAGGCCUCCUCGCUCAGCAACCAGGGCUCAGGAACACUGGAGCUUGUGAAAGCACUGUGGCUCUGAGGAGCCGGUUUUUCUCAAGGUCUAAAAAGAAUCACAGCUUCGAAAGUUUCAUUGGCUGAGCGACAGAAGGCGCAGGAAAGCACAGCGAGUGGGAUGCCCAGUUUGGACUUCAGUCUGUGGGGUAGUGUUGGUGCGCUGAGAGCUACGGUGUCCCGCGCUGGCCCGCCCCUGGGGGUGGGGAAGGCGAUGCCCAGCCAGGCUCUGUUGUGUUGCACUUUAUCCCGUAUGUGUGUAGAUUAAUGCAAGUCACGUGCUGUUUAUGUUAUUUACAAAGUCACACAAAAUAUAAAAAGUCAGCCUGAAAGUUUCUGGCAAUGGUAGCUCAAAUGUAAUAGCUUCCAUUUACUUUAAGUGUAAAUGAAAAUGUGCAUUCUGUAACGACCUGGGGCCCACCUAAUUGUUUCUAUGUUCAAAUUUGAGCAGGUGUAGUGCACACUUGUUAGGGUCGUGUGGAAAGGGAGACUUUUUAUGGAGACGUGUGGAAGUGGUUUCUACUCUUUUAAAAUUAACCAAAAAUCCUCCAGGUAUGCCCUAGUCAUUUAUUUCAAAGUACCGUUUUUACUUGGUUAACAAUGUACAUUUUGAUAACCUGUCAGGAAUGAAUAAAGUAUUUUUAUUUAAAGGUAAUGUUGUUUAUGCUUCCACAAAUAUUUUGCUUUCUUAGAGUGUGUACAUAGAUGCAAUACUGUGAUUUAUCCCAGGAUACUUGGGAGCACUUUCUCAGCCUUUGUCCAGUUAGUAUCGAGUGAGUUGUUACCCAGGAGUGAGAGCUCCCUGUGCCCCGGGGCAUGGUCACCGACCUCAGCUCAGUCUGGAGAAAGUACCCGCAGGGCUCGGCGCUCAGCCACUGCGUGAGGUUGCGGCUGCCACUCACUUCCUGAAGUUGGGCUGUAUCAAGGAGGUGGAUUUGGAUUUCAGAUCUUCCUUUCAAUUUGGGGUUUGGGAAAUGAUCGAGAUUUAGAGAUUUUGGUCUCUAAAUUUUCUAAACAAAGCAAUCAACGCAAACCAGCCUGCUUCUCAGGAACAUUCCCACUGCCUGCUCAUCAACCCCAAUAUUCUCCGUUUUCCCUUACAAUGAAUGGGGUGUGCUGAGUAUAUUCUCUAAUGGUGACUCAAGCUGAAAGAGUUUGAGCAAACCUAAAAAUUUUAAGUUUGCUUAAUGCUGAAAUGUUUUCCAUAAAUAUGUUUAGAAAAGUGUCUUUAAACUUUGAUAUUACAGUGACACAGCUGAAAAAAAAAAAGGUGUGGGGCAGGGUCCUCAGGUGCCGUCUGCAACUCAGCUAGUGGACAACUCGGCCCAGACAUUUUAUUUCUCUAAGCUGCUGUGUUCCUCUCUAUAAAGAAGGUGUGUUUCAUGGCAGAGCCCACCAGAGAUUUGGGGUGUUUAGGGGGUGUACAUAUGUGAGUGUGUGUGCGUGCACGUGUGUGAAUAAUGGUACAGGAUGUGACCCUGAGUGGCGUGCCCCAGGCCUGUGGCACUCAGACCCGUGGCUCUGGCUCUGGUCACCACACCCGCAGAGUGGAGCAGGCUACUUGGGAUUUUGCAUUUCUGAGCAGUGGUUGGUGCCUGCCUGCAGGCUGGGCUAUGUAUGGGUGUGGUAGUGAUGACUGGAGCAGCCUGCUUGUGCUUGCUCGUUGCUGGCCUCGGAGGCAUUUCUCCCAGGAGCCAGGUCAGCAAGCUGGAUCCAGAUCUCUCCUGAGUUUGUGAACCCCCCCACCCAGUGCUAGGAGCACGUGGGUCUGCGUGACCUCACCCUGUCAAGGCAGACAAGACCACGGUGAUGAUUUCUCUUAAGUGGGGCUUAUUUGAAUCCCCAGUUUCCCUUCCUGCCUGUCCCCAGAUUGCUGUUACUUACAAGUGGAGCAUUCACUCCACAUUUGCCUUAUAGGGUAGAUAGAACACAAUUUUUUCCCUUCAUCAUAGCAGUAAAUGUAGGUUUUAAUAGUUUGGAUGCAAUUUGGAUUCCCAUUUAAGCAUAGAUACUUAACAUCUAUAUUUUUAUAAUGCAGAACUCACCUUAAGGGAAAAAAAAUUCCCAAAUAGCACUUUAGUUACCUCCCAAGCACCUAAAAUGGCAAAAAUACAAAAUGCUAGUGUUUCCUGCCUGCUGUCAUUUUAAAAUGCUAUUGAAAUAUUAACAGUAUUUAACCGAAUUACUUUCUUACCAUUUCCAUUUAAGCUGUUCUGUAGACUUGAUAGCUUUGUUGAGUUUCAAAACAGUCCAGAGCAGCUGCUGGUUGGACUGGUUCUGGCCUCUCACCAGGGGGCACUAAAUGGCUUCAAGACUAAUGACUGUCUUAACAAUUUACAUUUUGCAUAUGUAUUCAGCUGUGUGAGUUAAGAGAAAUCAUUUAACUUUGCCUCAGUUUUCUACACCCGCUUGCGUGUCAUGCCCAGGAGCGUGGAGAGGGCGGCCGGGUGGGCCUGCUGUGGGGCAGUUGCAUGCUGCACCCCUCACAUCCUCUUGACCUACUUGGGUCAGUAGAGAGAAUGUAAAGUGUUUUAAGUUCCUUGAAAGUAAGGAACUGUUCAAGCACAAGUGAGACUCUUGUAUCUGCAAGUGCACCAACUACACGUACCAACUGUCAUGAAGCAGAUUAAGUGUAAAUUUGUGAGUCUGAAAUUUAAAGGAGGCUCUCUGUAGAGUAUAUAGAUAAUGGAGGGGAAAAAAGACUUUCUUCAUUACCAACAAAUCUUUCUGUUUACUGGAAGUUACAGUCAGUCUUUUCAUAUAUGAAUAAUUGAGUGCUUCAAUGCCAGUUUGUUUUUAUCUCACUGCUUUUGGGAUCAUCUAGUCACACUGCUCUUUUUAAUAGACUUUAUACGCACAGUUCAAGUCAGCCGGUUUUAAUCAGAAAUAUUUUCACGGUAGCGCCUGCCAAUCAGAGAAGGGACACAUGACCGGCCUCUUCGGGAUAAGAGCUGUGGCUUUCAGCUGUUCAUAUUUUGCAUUGUCAGCAACUUUUGAAACCAUGUAUUAGAGAGACAUUUUUGCCUCCCAUGGUGACUAUCGGCCCCUGGGCCCUGACACAGUGCCCCCUGAAGCCGCAGCAUCAGGCCCUGCAUUUCGGGAGCUGGGAAUGCGCCUGCCUGGCGCCCUGGCACCCCACGCUCUCGGGGUGGGAGGAGCAGUCCCUCCUUUGACAAGUAGGUUCGAUUUGCAACCUCAAUGUGCUUGGUGUAAGGUGGGUUCCAAGCUCCGAGCCAGUCUGUCUUGUCUCGUGUGUAUGACUUGUUUGUCACGCGGGUGUGCGCGUUCCCCAUGGCUUCCCCGAGGGCACUGGCUCGGCCCUCAUGCUAAUUCACCCCGACCCACCUCCCGACAUAAGAAACCUGCCCGUGUGCACCACUGUCACUGCUGUCUCUGAAUUUUUCUAAAGUACUUAUGGAUGUGAACACGUAAUACUGACUCUGUACCUGUAUUUUUGUGGCAAUGUAACUUGUUACGUGUGACUUUAAAAUAUGAAAUUAAGAAUACUCUUGAAGAAAAUUAAAAUAGUUGCUCUUUGGAGUUUGC